AAUAUAUGUGUUGAUAUCUGUUAUAAUUAAGAAUUAUCGUCAAAAUCAAAUAAUGUCAAGAAAAAAGAAUAGUAAAAAUAUUAAAGAAUUAGAAGAUGAAAUUCCAUCUAAUGCAGAUGUUAAAAUAACCUCUAAAACUUCCACGGCUAAAUCGAAAAAAUCGAAAGGUAAAUCAAAAAAAGACAGUGGUUGGGGUGACAGUGAUGAAGAAAUAUCCCAUAAAAAGAUCACUGAAAAAUCAAAACCAGAGGAAGAAGCAUCUGUUGAUAAAUCAAAAGCAAAUUCAAUAACAAGUGGUAACAAAGCCCCCAAUAAAUCUAAAAAGAAUAAGAAAUCCAAAAAAAAUGACGAUUGGUCUGAUGACGAAGCUGAACAAGAGUUUAAGUUGCCAUCAGAUGAUGAGGAACCCGUGAUUGCUAAACCAGUACUUAAGAAAAAAGGAAAAAAUAAGAAAAUUGAAGAUGAUUUAUCAGAUCCAAAAGAAGAUUCUGAAGAUUUAUCCGACAUUGAUGAACAAUUGCCCACAGAUUUGGCAGAAAAACCGAAUGAAGCAGAGACUUGCAUAAACAAGUCUGAGGGUGAAGUCAAGUCCAGCAAAAACACAGUAGAACUUAAUGAAAAACAGGAAAAAACAAUGAGCAAGGUUGAUGAUGCUGGAGAUAUAUCACAACAGAUUUCUGAGCUCACAAUGUCUGAUACAAAAGUGAAUAAACUGUCUGAUAAUGAAGAAAUUGCAAACGAUGAGACAAGUUCUUCUAAAAAACUUACCCACAAAGAAAAGAAAAAGUUGAAAAAGAAACAGGAAUAUGAAAAGCAAAUGGAAUCUCUCACUAAGAAGGGUGGACAAGGCCAUAGUACCUUAGAUAGCAACUUUACUGUUUCACAGGUAGAGAAAUCUGUUGGCCAAAAACUUGCAAUGGAAAAUGCUGUGGAUAUUAAAAUUGAAAAUUUCUCAAUAUCAGCAAAAGGAAAUGAUUUGUUUGUUAAUGCCAACUUAUUGAUUGCAAAUGGUAGAAGAUAUGGUCUAGUUGGUCCUAAUGGUCACGGUAAGACGACAUUAUUGCGCCAUAUAGCUGAGAGGGCCUUUGCAAUUCCGCCUAAUAUCGAUGUUUUAUAUUGCGAGCAGGAGGUUGUGGCUGAUGAUAAAACUGCAGUCGAGAGUGUUUUGCUUGCUGAUGUUAAACGGACAUCAUUAUUAAAUGAAUGCCGUGAACUAGAAAAACGGACGGAGGCUGGAGAUCUUGAAGCACAGGGCCGUUUAAAUGAGGUUUAUGAAGAACUCAAAGCGAUAGGAGCCGAUUCAGCUGAACCUCGCGCACGAAGGAUUCUUGCUGGUUUAGGAUUUUCGAGAGAAAUGCAGGAUCGAGCAACUAAAAAUUUCUCAGGAGGCUGGAGAAUGCGUGUUUCAUUGGCGAGAGCUUUAUAUUUGGAGCCCACUUUGCUUUUACUAGAUGAACCUACAAAUCAUUUGGAUUUAAAUGCUGUAAUCUGGCUUGAUAAUUAUUUGCAGGGGUGGAAGAAGACUUUGUUAGUCGUUUCUCAUGACCAAUCUUUCCUUGAUAAUGUCUGCAAUGAGAUCAUACACCUUGAUCAACAAAAACUGUUUUAUUAUAAGGGAAAUUACUCAAUGUUCAAAAAAAUGCAUGCUCAGAAGCGUAAAGAAAUGAUCAAAGAAUAUGAGAAACAAGAAAAACGCAUAAAGGAGCUGAAAUCACAUGGUUCUUCUAAAAAGCAGGCAGAAAAGAAGCAAAAAGAAGUUCUAACACGUAAACAGGAAAAGAAUAGAAGUAAAAUACAAAAAGCAGAAGAAGACAAUGGACCUACUGAACUACUUGCUCGACCAAAAGAAUAUAUUGUCAAAUUUAGUUUUCCGGAUCCUCCUCCUCUUCAACCACCCAUUUUAGGACUCUACAAUGUAGAUUUUGGAUAUGAGGGGCAAAAACCUUUAUUUGUUGGUGCAGAUUUUGGAAUAGAUUUAUCGAGUCGAGUGGCGAUUGUUGGGCCCAAUGGUGUAGGCAAAUCCACAUUCUUGAAGUUAUUGACUGGUGACAUCACACCAAUCAGAGGAGAAGUAAAACGCAACCAUAGACUGCGCAUCGGUCGUUUUGACCAGCAUUCUGGUGAGCACCUGACUGCGGAUGAAACGCCGGCCGAGUACCUGCAACGGCUGUUUGAUUUGCAACAUGAACGUGCAAGGCGAGCCCUCGGAUCUUUCGGUUUGAUUUCUCGUGCUCAUACUGUAUGCAUGAAGGAUCUCUCAGGAGGACAGAAGGCUAGAGUUGCAUUAGCUGAAUUAUGUCUUAAUGCGCCCGAUGUUCUCAUUUUGGAUGAACCUACGAAUAACCUUGAUAUUGAAUCAAUUGAUGCAUUGGCAGAAGCCAUAAAUGGAUAUAAAGGCGGAGUUAUUGUAGUUACGCACGACGAAAGACUUAUUAGAGAAACCGAUUGUGCCUUAUAUGUGAUAGAAGAUAGAACGAUAAAUGAGGUGGAUGGAGAUUUCGAUGACUAUAGAAAGGAAUUAUUAGAAAGUCUGGGUGAAGUAGUGAAUAAUCCAAGUAUUGCCGCUAAUGCAGCAGUAUCAUAAAAGAAUAUCACAAUAUACAUAAAUGCUGCAUAUUACUUCCAAUUCUAUUAUGUAUAUUGCGCUUUGUAAAUCAAAAGGAAUAAAGAAAUUCAUUAUCU